CGCAUGCGCACUUCUAUGGCGCCGGCUUCGGUUUGCACUGCGCCUGCGCUGAACGGUCUCCGUUUCUAGGUUAGCGAUGGCGGAGGGCGCUGCGGGCUGUGAACAUUACUUGCGUUCCUGUCUGCUCAAGGCACCAUGCUGUGGAAAAUUUUACAUCUGUCGCCUGUGUCAUGACGAUGCAGAAAAUCAUCAGCUUGAUCGCUUCAAGGUCACUGAAGUUCAGUGUGCAAAGUGUGAAACAGUUCAAAAGGUUCAACAGAGCUGUGAAAGCUGUAAAACUGUAUUUGGGGAAUAUUACUGCGACACAUGUCACCUGUUUGAUGUGGACAAGAAACAGUACCACUGCCCAUCUUGUGGUAUAUGCAGGAUUGGACCAAAAGAUGAUUUUUUCCACUGUGUGAAGUGUAACUUGUGUCUUGCUACUCAUCUCCGUGGGAACCACAAGUGUGUUGAAAAUGUUUCACGACAGAACUGUCCAGUAUGCAUGGAGGACAUUCAUACGUCCCGCAUUGGUGCUCACGUCCUUGCCUGUGGACAUCUUCUUCACAAGACUUGCCAUGAAAUGCUGUUUAAUAAAGGAGCCUAUCGGUGUCCUUUGUGUAUGCAGUCUGCGACGGACAUGAGUAGGUACUGGGAAGAGCUGGAUACAGAAAUCGCUCAGACACCGAUGCCAUCUGACUAUCAGAACAUGGCUGUUAAGAUCAUGUGUAAUGACUGUCAGCUCCACAGUACUGCGCCAUUUCAUGUGUUGGGUCUGAAGUGCAGUGGGUGUGGAUCGUACAACACGGCCCAGGAUGGAGGACUAAUCGCUCUCCAGCAAUGAUACACAACCCAUAUUCUGUAGAAUACACAAUUAAACUCUUAAAAGUAGCCUUGCAAUAUCUCAUUCCUUUGGACUAUUUUUCAACCAGCAAUCUUGAUUCUAAUUGAUUCAGAAACCAGUCAUACUUUUCAGCUCUUCAGCAGUAUGUUCUGUUAUUGUCUCCAUUUCCUAACAAUUUCCUGCCUUUUACAAGAGCCAAUUAUUGUAUUUAGAAGAAGUGUUCUUAUUAUUCAUCAUAAUGUUCUGUAAGACAGUUUAUUUUGGACAUCUUCAUGAUCUAUAAUUUUGGCUAUUGGAAAAAUCGCUUUCAGUCUGCAAUUCAAAAUUUCUGAUGCAAGUUUUCCAUGUCUCAUUAUUCUUUCCAAGAGUACCUAUGUUGGUAACAUACUCUAGAAAUAUCAGAAGAUCUUUUAAGCAUGAUAAAUGUAUAACAUUGAAUGCUGUAUUGUUUUAUACAAUUUCCUCUGUGAUUUUAACAGGACCAUUUUGGGUUACAACACUUAUUGGCACAGCCCAAUAAUUACAGGCGACCCAUUCAUAGUGUGCUACCAACUUGGUUAGAAUUAACAUUAGCUCAGUGGGUAGCACAUCUUCCAUUGAGUCAGGAGGUUAUGAGUUCAAACAAAAAAUUAGGCUGAUGUCAGAAACUAGAAAAUCUGCAGAUGCUGAAAUUCCAAGAAAAACACACAAAAUGCUGGAGGAACUCAGCAGGCCAGGCAGCAUCUAUGGAAAAGGGUAUUGUCAAUGUUUCUGGCUGAGACCCUUUAUCAGGCCCAGUUCAGUAGUAAAGGAGUGCAGCACUGUCAAAGGUGCCAGUUGUGAAACUAACUGCUGCCUAAUCAGAUUUUAAAAAGCAUCCUGUGGCAGUCUUGAGGACUAGAUUCUUUCUCCUCAACCAACAGCUAAAAUAUGUAAUUGCUAUGUGAAAAGUAUGCACUUUAUUUCCUCCGUUUUAUCAGUAAUUCAAAGAUACUUUGGCUUCAAAGCUGCUUAGGAUUUUCUGACAUCAUGAGAAGUUCUAUAAUAAAUUAAAGGAUUGGUAGUUACAACAUGGAGUGUAUAUAUUCUGGAAAUGUAAUUGGAGUCCAUAGAUCUGAAAUGUGCCUAAUACAUCAGAUCCCAGCUACUUACCUCCUGGUGACAUUUUGAUUUGGUGUGAUUGCAGGGACAAGUGUACAAAUUACUUAAACUGUCAUUUAACCAGAUGAAUGUGAAUCUCUAUGGAUUGUAUGUAUUGCUCAAAAAGCAAUAUUAUGUUUUAACCUUGAAACAAUUGUAUUGCUUUCUAUUGUUGUCACAUGUACCAAGAUAGAGUGAAAAGCUUGUAGACAGUCUUCUUCACUGUCCACUAUGCAUUGAUUUUAUUUUUUUACAUAUAUACGUACAGAUACACACUCCCCUACCUACUAUCCGGUACGUUACAUUUCUUUGGAAGGACAUACAAACUUUCUUACAGAUGAAAGUGGAAUUGAACUCUGAUGCCCAAGCUGUAAUAGCAAUGCACUAGCCACCACACUACCAGGCCGCCCCAUUUUGUGAGCAGUAUGUCUAUCAUUCCAAAUGUCUCAUUUCAGCAGGUUAUCUCUUCACCCUCGUGUACAACAGCAAUGAGAGCUUUGGUUUUAAUUAUGCAUCUUGGUCUUUUCAACUGCUAGAUGGCGCCAGUCUCUUACAGACCAGAAGACCAUGCCUAGAAUUUAAGUGCCAUUCACUACAAUGGAAGCAGAGGAUGUAUGAAAAGUCAAUGUGGAGUUUAUUGUCAUAUCACAAGUGCAGUUAUAAACUUACUUGCAGCAGUGUCACAGACACAUACCAUUCACAAGUAAAGCAUAAACAGAAAUUUAUGCACAAAGUUCAAAACAGAAAAGAAUUAGAACAAAAGGAAAGUGAUAUAGUGUUGCUAUACUAAGGUAAUGUUUAAGGUUUUGGUUGGUACAAGAACCGAAUAGUUGAAAGGAAGUAGCUGUUCUUGAACCUGGUGAUGUGAGACAACAGGCUUCUGUAUCACCUGCCUGGUGCUAGCUAUGUGAAAAUAACAUUGCCUGGAUGAUGGUGAGCUUUGAUAGAUGCCUGAGUCUGUACCUCCUAUAGAUACUACUCUCCACAGUCUCUUAAAUUCCUGCACAUUGGAAGUGCUGUACCAGACCAUGAUGCAACUAGUCAGGUUACUUUCAGCAGUACAUCUGUAAAAGUUUGUUGGUGUUCAGUAAUGAGUUUUGAUGGGUUUGAGUGUUCCGCCAGUGUAAUUUCACUUUAAAUUGUAUGAACUAAGAUGACCAACACAAUAACGAUGGAGUAGACAAAAUUAUGCGAUAGAGAAAUAUACAUUAUUGGCUGGGAGGCAACUCUUCAACCCUCCCCCCCCCCCCCGAUUCUCCUAACUCUCCCCUUCCCCGAAUUCUUCUCUCGCAUCCGACUCAUCUCUUCACCCCACCCAUCUCUCCUCUUUUCUUUCCUUGCAACCAGCUCCCCUCUCACCCCUCUCCUCCCUCCCUGCUCUCUUGUUUUCCUACUCCAGCUCUCCCUUUCCAAAAGGUUUCGCUUUGCUGGUGAUGUUUCUUUUUCAUUGACACUGAGACCUAAUGGGUGCAGACAGAACACUGCCCUGCAAUUGUCCAUUUUCUGGUGCUGCUGCUUUGAUUUCACAACCAGAUCAAAUGAAGCUAUCAGUAAAUAUUGGAAUGACUAAGCUGCUGAUGUACCUUUAUCACUAAAUAAGUAACAGGAGUCAGAGUUGUACAGAAUGGAAAGAGUCCUUUUGGUCCAAUUUGUCCAUUGCCAACCAAGUUGCCUCUCUGUGCAAAUUCUAUUUCCCUAGAUUUGACCUGUAUUCCUACUGUGUACUUGUCCAAAUAUCUCAAGGACUAGAAUAUAAAAGCAAGGAUGUAAUGCUGAGGCUUUAUUAAACACUGGUGAGGCCUCACUUGGAAUAUUGGGAGCAGUUUUGGGCCCCUUAUCUUAAAAAAGGGGACACUGGAGAAGGUUCAAAGGAGGUUCACGAGAAUAAUUCUGCGAUUGAAGGGCAAAUCUAAUGAGUGAUAGCUCUGGGUCUUUACUCACUGGAAUUCAGGAGAAUGAGGGGUGACCUCAAUAGAAAUGCCUCUAUAGAGUGGAGAGGAUGUUUCCUUUGGUGGGAGUAUUUAAGACCAGAGGGCAAAGCCCCAGAAUAGAGGAAUAUCCUUUAAGAACAGAGAUAAGGAGGAGUUCCUUUAGCCCGAUAGUGGUGAAUUUGUGGAAUUCAUUGCUCCAGCCAGCUGUGGAGGCCAAGUCAUUAGGUAUAUUUAAGGCCAGCGGUUGAUAAAUUAUUGAUUAGUUAGGGCAUGAAGGGAUACAGGGAGAAGGCAGGAGAUUGGGGCUGAGAAGGAAAAUGGAUCAGCCAUGAUGAAAUGGCAGAGCAGACUCAAUGGGCCAAAUGGCCUAAUUCUGCUCCUAUAUCUUAUGAUUCAUUUUGGCAACCAAACCAGAAGACAGAUGAUAAUGUUUUGUAACAAAUGCUUUAAUGUAAAAUGGUAUUUGAAAGUGGAAACAGUUUAAAUUUGCUUUGUAAAGGUGAAAGUUAAGCAUUCGGAGAAAGACUGGUGGAGGUGGGGUGGUGAACAAAUAAAUGAUUGAUGGAAGAGAGUUUUACAGUGCCAGUGUAGAAUGGAAGGGCUAACUGGGCUCUCAGCACCUGAUUCUAUGACAUUGUGAUGGUGGUUGGGCAGUGUAGUAAAGGGACAAGUCUGGAAAAGUGACUCCGAGUAGCCAGGAGUUUCACACAUGGCUAAUUGAGCUCCUUACACAAUCUGGAUGUAACAUGGAAACAGGCCCAUUUACUCUCUGCCAUGCCUCAUUAAUGCUUCUUACUUGGACUUUUCAGACAGACGUACUUUAUUGAUCCUGCGGGAAAUCGGGUUUCGUUACAGCCUCACCAACCAAGAAUAGUGAAGAAAUAUAGCAAUAUAAAAACAUAAAUAAUUAAAUAAUAAGUAAGUUAUUCCAAGUGGAAAUAAGUCCAGGCUCAGGGUGUCUGACACUCUGAGGGAGGAGUUGUAAAGUUUGAUGGCCACAGGCAGGAGUGACUUCCUAUGACACUCAGUGUUGCAUCUCGGUGGAAUGAGUCUCUGGCUGAACGUACUCCUGUUCCUAACCAGUACAUUAUGGAGUCGAUGGGAGACAUUGUCCAAGAUGGCAUGCAACUUGGACAGCAUCCUCUUUUCAGACACUACAGUGUGAGAGUGCAGUUCCACCCCCACAACAUCACUGGCCUUAUGAAUGAGUUUGUUGAUUCUGUUGGUGUCUGCUGCCCCAGCACACAACAGCAAACAUGAUAGCACUGGCCACCACAGCCUCAUAGAACAUCCUCAGCAUCGUCCGGCAAAUGUUAAAGGACUUCAGUCUCCUCAGGAAAUAGAGAUGGUUCUGACCCUUCUUGUAGACAGCCUCAGUGUUCUUUGACCAGUCCAGUUUAUUGUCCAUUCGUAUCCCCAGGUAUUUGUAAUCCUCCACUGUGCCCACACUGACCCCUUGUUUUUGUGUGACCUGGAGCCUAUUCGGUCUGUCAAAGCAGAGUAUCCUAUAUCAUGGGCUGGUUUAGAACCAGCAAUGCCCAGGAACAGAAAGGCUUCAGAAAAUGAUAUAUGCGGCCCAGCCCGUCACAGGCAAAGUCCACCCCACUGUUCAGUGUAUUUACAUGGAGUACUGUAACAAGAAAGCAGAAUCCAUCAUCAAAGAUCCCCACCAUCCAGACCAUGUCCUCUUCAAACUUCUACCGUCAUUCAUCCAGGAGGUAAAGAAGCCUUGGGUUCAGCAGUUACUACCUUACAAGCAUCAGGCUCCUGAACCAGCAUGGAUAGCUUCAUUCACCACUAUUAACAGAUUCUGUUCCCUGCAGACUCACUUUCAAGGACUUGACAUCUUACAGCUUUAGUAUUAUUUUUAUUUGCUGUUUGUCUUUUGUAUAUUAAUGCUUGUCCAUCUUUAUGUGUAGUUUUUAUUAUAAAAUUUUAUUGUAGUUUUUGUAUAAAUGCCUGUAAGAAAAUGAAUCUCAAGAUAAUAUAUGGCAAUGUAGACAUAAAUAAAUUUACUUUGAACAAAUCUAGAUG